AUGCAAUCGCAAUCGCAGACGGUCAUUCCCGAUACCCAGGAGGAAGUCUUUCACAUACUAAUUGCCAACGUUCGUGCCACCAGCUACACCGCAAUUGAACCAAAUCCUGACACGUUGACGAUACAGUUGCCUUAUGGCACAAACUGGAGGGACCUCAGGGAUUGGCUUCGCCAAGAUCGCCUGGAGCAGCCGUUCAAUGGCAAACAGAUCGUAAAUGACAUUCGUCACCAAUUCCUUCCCGCCCUGGUCGAGCAAAGCGAGGUGGAAGAAAGCCCGUUAUCUACGCAAGCGGGACCGCAAAGACCCGAAGACGCAGCGACAAUCCAUCCGCAGAUCGGCCCCUAUCAGUGUGGUUCCUAUGCAGAGCCAUCGUUUACUCAGUGGAGUCAGAAUACUGAUACCCUUCGUCAAGGAGACUACAACGCUCCACAGCCGGCUGCAUGGUACGGAUAUGGCGUUUCCAGCUCCGGCAUCUACUCUGCUCCCCCUGCGCAAAUCGUCAACCCCCUUAGCCAAAUCGACCAACUCCGCGCUGCCUUUGCAACAUUCCGGACUCAGGAUAUGGCACGAAGCGUUGCCGAGGCACUUAAUGGAAAGGCCUGGAACAGCGGCAUACUCGAGUCGCGGUUGACGCAGCCGCGGCGGCUCAAUCGCACAAAAGAACAUCCACAGCGACAACAGGCAUCAGGCUCGUUAGUUGUUGAUGGUAGCAGCCACCGGCUUCAAUCAAAUUCCAAGGGCCAGUCGUCCGGCGACUCGUCCUCUUCUCGUCAACCGCACAACAACAACAGGUACCAGGCCUUUUAG